UUUAGAUCCCUCCUCAUAUCUCUCUCCCUCUCUCUCUCGUGAGUAUAUUCUAUUCCAUAUGUUUAUAGUCUUGAAUCCAGUGUGAACCAACCAAACUUCAAUCCUUGUCUCAACCUCUCACUCUUAUGUGGCUCUCUCUCACUCACUAUUUUUGCUUAUCCCAUCACUUGUUCUUUUUUCUUUCCUACUAUCCCUAUAUCUAUACUUCAUGCAACAACACUUAUUUCUUUUCUAUCACCUUUUUUUAUGAUAUUUCCUCUCUUUUUUGGUUUUAUGUUUUAGACAAAAUAUUCCCUUGGAUCCUCCAAGAAUUUGGCUUGAACUCAGUUGGACCCCUGUUCCUCUUCUACUACAUUAAGCAAGGUCCGGUUAUGUCUUACCCUCCCUAGACUUUAUUCCUCGGUGGGAUAUACGUGAUGGGUGAUGUGGCCAAGGACUUGACUGCUGGCACAGUUGGAGGAGCAGCACAAUUGAUAGUUGGGCACCCUUUUGAUACCAUCAAGGUCAAACUGCAAAGCCAGCCAGUACCAUUACCUGGACAACCUCCUAUGUUUUCUGGAGCAAUAGAUGCUGUCAAAAAGACAGUAGCAGCUGAAGGUGCAGGGGGGCUGUUUAAAGGUAUGGGCGCACCACUUGCUACUGUGGCAGCCUUUAAUGCCGUACUUUUCUCAGUAAGAGGGCAAAUGGAGACUUUACUAAGGUCAGCACCUGGUUCUGCGCUCACAAUUGAGCAGCAGGUUGUUUGUGGAGCUGGGGCUGGAGUUGCUGUCUCCUUCUUGGCCUGUCCAACUGAAUUGAUCAAGUGCAGAUUGCAAGCCCAGAGUGCACUAGCAGAUGCUGGCGCUUCUGCCACUGCAGUAAAAUAUGGAGGACCAGUUGAUGUAGCAAAGCAUGUUCUUCGAUCAGCAGGUAUGAAGGGUCUGUUUAAGGGAUUGGUUCCAACAAUGGCGCGUGAAAUACCUGGAAACGCCACUAUGUUUGGUGUCUAUGAAGCCCUAAAGCAAUACAUGGCGGGAGGUCAAGACACAUCCAAAUUGGGACAAGGUUCAUUGAUGUUAGCAGGAGGAUUGGCUGGAGGAGCCUUUUGGAUGUCAGUAUACCCAACUGAUGUUGUGAAGAGUGCAAUACAGGUUGAUGACUACAAAAAUCCGAAAUACUCUGGCUCAAUCAAUGCUUUUAAAAAGAUCUUGGCUUCAGAAGGUGUCAAAGGGCUCUACAAAGGUUUUGGUCCUGCCAUGGGUCGAAGUAUUCCUGCAAAUGCAGCAUGCUUUUUGGUAUAUGAGGUGACAAGGUCUAGUUUAGGCUGAUUUGUUUCGACUCACUUGUGUUUAGUUUCGAUCAUCAACCAUUCCUUGACCGUUUACCACCAUCAUAAUUCAGAUUCUUUAUGCUAUGUUUCUUGCAGUUUACGUAAAUUUAUUUUUUAGGUUCCAGAAUAAGUAUUAAACUUUAAAACAGUCCAAAAUUAAAUUAGAUCAUUGUAUUACACUAGGUCCCUUAAUCCAAAUUGAGUGGAGCAUACUUAUAGUUAUCCGUAAAAGGAAGAAUUUGCUGUUUUCUGGAUGAUUCAGCUAUUCAGUUGGAGUUUGGAGUUCUCCUUCUUCUCUUAA